AUGCCUCCGAGCAAACCAGAAAUCGUCCUUCCUCAAUAUAUCCAACCCAUACCACUAAGAAUAAUGAGGGAAGACUUGGACUAUUUGAAAACCAAGGGCGCCUUUUUGAUACCUGAAGCCGCAUUUCGAAACGAGCUACUACGAUGUUAUGUUCAAUAUGUCCACCCUUAUCUACCUAUCAUCGAUCUUGGAGACUUUUUGUCCGCCAUCGAGAAGGAUGAGCCCAGCGACAGCAUCAGCCUCUUGCUCUUCCAAGCCGUCAUGUUUGCGGGAACAGCGUAUAUCGAUAUGCGAUAUCUGGUGGCUCAGGGAUACGUAACCAGGAAGGCAGCCCGGAAAGCAUUCUUUCAGAAAGUCAAACUGUUAUAUGACUUCGAUUAUGAGAUCGAUCGCGUCACAGUCGUUCAGGGCGUUUUGCUUAUGACCUACUGGUACGAAAAUCCAGAUGACCCGAAGGAUGUCUGGCAUUGGCUCGGUGUUGCAAUCUCGGUUGCACGUACCAUUGGUCUCAACUGUGACACGUCUGAUGCACCGUUGAUGAACCACAAACAACGAUGCCUUUGGAAGCGAAUUUGGUGGUCAUGCUUCAUGCGAGAUCGUUUGAUUGCAAUCGGCAUGCGCAGACCUAUGCGGAUCAAUGAUGGAGACUUUGAUGUCUCAACGCUCGAAAUCUCUGACUUUGAGACCGACGCACUCCCACAGGAAGUCAUUCGAAUGCUGGGCGGAUGUCCCUCAGUAAGGGAUACAUCCAAACGAGUCACCCUGGCAAAGAUGUGCAUAAGCCUUACUAAACUCUGCAUCUGCAUUACCCAGGUUCUAGCUGUUCAGUAUUCCACGCUUGGGCACAAAAUCGGGGCUACCCAGGAAACAACCAUGAGACUCGUGCCAAAGAAAUGUGCUGCAGAACCCAGUGAGGUGAUCCGCUGUGAUGCGCAGCUUGGUCAGUGGCAUGAAGAUCUCCCUGCUAAUCUUCAUUACUUUGGUCCCGAUUUCCGAGUACAAAAACCUAGCAAUGAUGGCGAGGUGAUCAAUCUACAUCGAGCCUUACUCUCUGGAGUCUAUCUUACCGCGAUCAGCGCCCUGCACCGGCCCCAGAUUCUCCCAUCGACUCCCAACGUGGUGAUCGCCCCCGAGCUCCGAGAAAUGUCUAGGCGAAAGGUUCGCGAAGCGGCAAACAACAUUACCGAAAUGUACAAGGAAUUGCAUGCGCAUGAUUUGAUAAGAUACCUACCGAAUACUGGCGUGACAUGCUUACUGCCUGCCAUCAUCAUUCAUCUUUUGGACAUCAAGUCCACAGAUUCCGAAACCCGCCAGUCAAGCAUUCGAAAGUUUCAAUUUUGUAUGCAGGCAUUGCAACGACUUCGGGAGAUGUACGCCUCCGCAGAUUUUGCGUUCUCGUUCUUGGAUGCUGCUGUCCGCAAGACCAACGCAGAAGCAUCGACAGAUAUGUCUAUGACCGGUGCUGCCAUUGUGAGACCUCAAUUGACGACCGAACCGCCGAAGAUGGCGAAGAAGAAGAUCUCACGGAAACCACUUCUGUUGACUCCUCCACCGGAGGCAAUGCAGACAGCCAAUUUGUUGCUCCUGAACUCGACUCUGGCACCCGGAGAGAAGAAUCUCCUCGCGGAAUACACGCCACCAGGGUCCAAUGCGAGCAUGAACUCGUACACCACGGCAGGUGCUGCAGUCGCACUCCUUGAUGUAGGAGACGCAUUAGAAGAUGGCGAUUCGAAUCAGUUUGAUGAUCUGUGCCAAACCAACUUCGAAGAUCUUAUCAACGUCGAGGGUGGUCCGGAAUUAUUCCCGACCAACGAUGAUGGAUUUGAUAUGCAUAUUCAAUGGUUGGAAGACUUCAAUGCCGAUGGAUUUGGUAUGGACAACAAGGAGUUCUCGCUCGACGGGACUGGCAACGAAGAGGAUUUGUCAUCGAUGGGCCCAGGCUAUGUCGACCAAGCGCUCAACAUCACAGGAGACCAUGGUCUUGAUCUCGAGGUUCAUGGAGGAAUGUGA